CGCCCGGGGCCGGGCCGCGCCGGUCCCGGAUCUGCAGCUGGGAAUUGUUGGUCUCCGCGUGUCCUCCCGGUGCUUCCCCUCGCUGUACCCCACCUCGCGGUGCCCCCAGCCCAGCGUGCAGGCUCCUUGCGCCAGGCCUUGAGGGCGCCGCGGCCGUGGGGAGAAUGAGCCGCAUCUAUCACGACAGCGCCCUCCGGAACAAGGCGGUUCAGAGCGCGCGGCUGCCCGGGGCCUGGGACCCCGCCGCCCACCAGGGGGGGAAUGGCGUCCUGCUGGAAGGAGAACUGGUCGAUGUAUCUCGGCACAGCAUCUUGGAUGACCAUGGCAGGAAGGAGCGCUACUACGUGCUGUAUAUCCGGCCUAGUCACAUCCAUUGCCGUAAGUUCGACCCCAAGGGAAAUGAAAUCGAGCCCAACUUCAGCGCCACCAGGAAGGUGAACACAGGCUUCCUCAUGUCAUCCUAUAAGGUGGAAGCCAAGGGGAACACCGACAGACUCACGCCUGAGGCACUGAAGGGGCUGGUGAACAAGCCAGAGCUGCUUGCACUGACGGAGAGCCUCACCCCCGACCAGACAGUGGCAUUCUGGAUGCCUGAGUCGGAGAUGGAGGCCGUGGAGCUCGAGCUGGGGGCUGGGGUACGGCUGAAGACUCGAGGCGACGGCCCCUUCCUGGAUUCAUUAGCCAAACUCGAGGCUGGAACAGUGACCAAGUGUAAUUUCGCUGGUGAUGGGAAGAUGGGGGCAUCCUGGACAGACAACAUCAUGGCCCAAAAGUCUUCAGAGAGGGCUGCAGUGGAGACCCGAGAGCAGGGGGACGGCGCUGAGGACGAGGAGUGGGACGACUGAGGUCAGUGAGAGAUGGGGUGCCUCCGGGGCCCACUGUUGAGCAUUUCUUCCAUCAACUUUCACUCUGGAGCUCGAGAGAGCAGGUCCACCAAGCCUUGCCUGGUUCUUCCCUACAGCCACUGUGGAAUACCCUUUGAACAAGCUCUGCUAAAAUCAAACGCAAGAGCCUGACGUUAGACGUGGGGCCCCAGCCUGUGGCUCAUGGAGGGUCCCUCCCUGGAUGUGAGUCUAGCCUUCCUAGACAUUUUCAUGGUGGCCCUCACCCUGAGUGGCAGCCUUGUUUCUGGAGGCAGGCAGGGGGCAAGUCCCCCAGGGCAGUCAGAAGAACUGGACUUGGUUUUGGUGCAGAACUGGUGGGGAAUCCCUCAUCUGCAUGCAGAGUGGCUCAGAGGAGAAGUUAGCGGGGCCUCCUUCUUCUGUCCUUGUUGUAUUUCUUGCUUUCCUUCUGCAAUUGCCCUCCUCCCUAGCACUCUGUGCUGUAGCCUCUGCCCUCCUGCUCAAGCCUCCUUGUCCCCUGUGCCCUUUUCAGUCCCCAGAGCUGCCACUUCUUUAUUCCUCCUCUGGUUCUCUGCCACCCUGAGAGUUCCUGUCUCCUGACCUCCUUUGGCGGCUUUCCUGGGAAUGCUCUUUUCAGGGAGGCUGAGAGCGUUCACAGGUGUGGCCAGCUGGUCUCCAACUCUGACUCAUUCUGCCAGGCCACAUUUUGGACAACACCUUUUUUCUUGUUUUGUACCUUGAGAACUUUUUACGAAUGAGUAAAUCUUCAGGAAGGAUUCCUCUACACUGACUGUGUUAUUAUUAGGUAUAAACUGAGCAACCUCCCUAUAAGAAGAAAGCCGUAUCUUUUUGGUCAUGAACAUUGCCUUGCUGGGUAGUAUGCCCACACCCACAUCUAUGAAGAGAUCUGGAGUUGAAAUCUACACGUCCUAAGAAUGGGUAGGGACUUGGUGGAAUGUGGAUCCUGCUUCUCUCAGGGAAAAGAGGGGUGGUGGUAAACUAACAAUUAUGGAGUCCCCUAAUGUGUCAAACACAGCACUAGAUGCUUUCCGUGAUGAUAAUUAUAGUCCCUGACUGUUGAG